AUGCCGCAACCCAACCUCUCUCGCAGCUACAAGAACCCCGCCAAUACCCCCUCCAAUAGAGACAUAAAAGUGGCUAUAAACUCGACCACGCUCGGGAACUCAGACAAGAGGCUCACCGAGAAUAUUCCCCAGACGAAAGCGAGCAUC